GUAUCACAGGAAGAGAUGACCUUACUGUGGGUGCGAUUACAAGUGGGAGAGUGAAUUUUUACCCCUGGACAAUAGAUAAUAAAUAUUAUUCUGCAGAUAUACACCUCUGUGUAGUACCAAACACGUUUCUUGUUACUGGAGAUAUCGCUGAAUCUGUGCAGGCAUUUGUUGUGUACUUCGACAGCACAACAAAAUCUGGACUUGACAGUGUCUCUGAAUGGCUUCCCCUGACAGAAGAGUGGUUACCAGAAGUCAUGAUCCUGGUUUGCAACAGAGUAUCUGAAAAUGGUGUGAACAGACAGAAAGCUCAAGAAUGGUGCAUCAAGCAUGGCUUUGAACUGGUAGAACUUAACCCUGAGGAGCUGCCUGAUGAAGAUGAUGACUUUCCAGAGUCCACCGGAGUGAAACGAAUUGUGCAAGCUCUGAAUGCCAACGUGUGGUCCAACGUAGUCAUGAACAGGACCCAGGGCUUUGGGCUUCUCAGCACGUUAGCAGGUGCCAACUGCAGCAUCGGGUCGGCAGAGAACCGGGAUGCAGAAUCCAAUCCCUCAUCAGCAGACAGAGAUGAACCCCACUUAGAGGACAGAGAAGAUGGAGCAAGCACGGACAACCCACAGGUUGACAGCAUCGUAGAUCCCAUGUUAGAUAUGGACAUUCAGGAGUUAGCCAGCCUAACCACGAGAGACGGCGACCUGGAGAACUUUGAGAGGCUCUUUUCAAAGCUGAAAGAAAUGAAAGAUAAAGCUGCAACGUUGCCCCAUGAACAGAGGAAACUCCACGCGGAAAAGGUGGCCAAAGCGUUCUGGAUGGCAAUCGGAGGAGACAGAGACGAAAUCGAAGGUCUCUCCUCGGAUGAAGAAAACUGA